AUCUGUUAAAUUUAAUGAUAUAUAAAUGUGGCAGGAAAAAAAUGUAGCAGAAUGUAAAACUCAGUUGCUGUUUAAGAGCUCACAGAUAACAGUUCUAUAUCCCAGCAAUAAUAGUUAUUUAUUUUCUACAGGGGAUACUUGCAGAAGGGCUUCAGUCUAAUAGCAUAACACAGGAGGCAGUUCUCUAGAAAUUUUAGUUGUGGGUGUUCUCGGUUAAUAUAGCAACUUGAACUCAGGUAAUAGAUAGGAAGCCUAUGAAAAUAUCUAAGGAAAUAUAGUCCCAGUCAGUAACCUUACAUUUUUUAAUGCUUACCAUUUAUUGACGUACCAUAAAUAAAACUGUUGAGUAAUCAUGCCACGUGACCCAAGCAAGGAUAACUGAUGAAAUCAUCCUUUGGCAGGUUUUGUGAGUCCAAAAGGAAGUGCAAAAAUUUGAGAAUAUAUAAUGCCUAUUGCACGACAUUUAAUAUGCACAUUUUAAAACGUAUUUGCACAACAGACUAACCUAAUUUGUGAUUAGCUCUAGCAUGUAUGAACCUGGAGAAUGCAUUAGAAUUACUUAUCUUACCUGUGGCUCUCUGCGUUAUUCCCCCCCUCCCUAGAAUUCUGUUCCUCUGGUGGUUUGCCUGGCCCUGGCCUGAGUACCUGGUUCUGAAACAGGCUGGAGGGCUGGGUGAUUUGUAAUCCUGACUGAUGGAUCCAGUUUAAUUGUAUUUUUUUCUCCAAAGCUCUGUAUUUAUGAGUGUAGUUUUAUAUUGUGUUUUUGUGCUGUUUUAAUUUUGUAUACUUCCUACAGUCUUUGGAUUUGGUGGCCUAUACAUCUAAAUCAAAAGAAAGAAAUGAUUACAGCCAAAGGCCAGCAGCAAUAAUAAAUAAAUAAACAAACCCUGAAAAGGAGGGUUAAGCUGAGACUGGAACAACCAGAAAAUAAAGCUGUCUAGCUCCAACCAUCUCUUCUUUUCCAUGUCCUCCUUUUUUCACACAUGUGCUUGUAACUGCAAGUUAUUGAAAUGGGGACGCAAUGGAGUGGGGAGAUACUUAGCCUUUCUCCCUCCCAUCUGUGGUAGCUCUGAGUGUCAUUGCAUGGUUUUAUUUUGUAAAAUAAAGUAUUAGCUGGCCAGCCACGACAAAGAUGAGCCAGUAUGGUUUUUAACUAAUACACCAAAGAUAGUUUCAGAAUUUGCUGUGUCUGCUGCCAGACCAAUUAUUAUCUGUGCUUCACCAGAUGUGGCUGAUAUGUGUCACUGUCUUAAAGAGGAAUAUUAGGCUGCAUGGAACUAUUAACUCAAUUGCCAAAGUUUAAUUCCAAGUUUCCCUGUUGUACAAGUUGUUCCCUUUCUUCUUGAAUUAACAGAAAUGAGUUCCUCUGGGGCAGUAAAGAGGAGAAUCCUUCCAGCAUGGAUGAGCAAGAAGACAGUUGAACCAGCACAAUGGGCAGAAAUGAGGUCAAAGAGAAGGAAAAGGACAGCUUUAGCAAGGACUGAGACUGUAUAUUGUAUGAACGAAGCAGAGUUGGUAGACACGGCUCUUUGCAUUUUAGCUGAGAACUGCAAGGCUACAGGAGGUGAUGUGAUUUCUUCAGAAGAUGAAGGACAGGAGCUUCAACAAGAACUGACAGAUGGUCACCAUUCAAGGAGUGCUACCAACAUUGCCAAGGAUCCUCCUGUAAGAUCCACACCUCCAGAUGAGUUAGCUUCUUUAAGUUGCGGUGAGGAGACCAAACUGGAGGAAGACGAUGAUGCCUUAAAAUACGUCAGGGAGAUCUUCUUUACUUAAUUUUACAAUUUGUAAACAACAUACAUUUUUUUUAAAUUGAUAAAUAAAAUAUAUAGAUACAACAAUUGUGGCUUGGAUAUCAGAGGUAAGGCAACGAUACAUCACAAUGUCAGGACUUCAGGAAAUAAAUUGAUCAGGAGGAGAAACUGUGUGCAAAUCUGUGUUUGUAAUUGGGGAUUUAAUGGGGGGAUAGAUUGGGGAAAAGGAUGGAGGAAACUCCUGUUGGGUUCCCUGAUGUGAUAAGCACUUUUUUUUUUUUGCUUGACUCGGAAGACUUGAAUUCUAUAGUUCUUACUUUUCUUUACGCUGGCCACCUUCAUACUAAAUUAAGUGCUAUAAUUUGUUUAAUCAUAGUUCAAUGCAUCAGUUGUAAUUGCCUAGAUUUAUA